AUGCACAGUCUAUUCUCUCGGUCACGAACCAAUUCGACGCCAAAAAAGCCGCAGGUCGACGAAUUUGGUGCCAUCUCCUCGCCGUCCUCCAAGAAGUCGAAGAAAAAGCAGGCCAAUCUCCCACCACCACCUGAGCCUCAACUACCAGAUAACUCAUUUCUUCCGACACACCUCGACCGACCGCGAGACGAGUUUGGAGGGUUUCAACCCCCAAAGGAUCACGACUAUGGCUACCUUUCCUAUGAGCGACAUGUCGUGCUAGGGAUCCAAGACGUUGCUCGACUGGUCGAGGUCUUGACCCACGAGCUCGUCACGCGGGGCGGCAUAACGACGCCAUUCAUAUUCAGCAGUUCUGCCUUGGACAUUUCACCGUCGGCAGUGAAGAGGUUGAUUUCCUUGUUCUUGGAGACGUGUAAAUCCGGAGUUUCGUUAGAGAAAGCGGACAAACGAUGGCGAGAGGAGGCGCGUUUCGCCGGCCCUCAUGACUUAGGGAUGUGUUUGCGUUGGGGGUUGGCCCGAGCAAUGCGAAUACAAGGUGGUCAAGAGGUUAGGGGGCUCCUUCCUUGGGAUAUGUAUCGCCAAUUCAAAGAAACGGAAGCUGCUACGGGUUAUUCGCCUUCUCAUUUCUCAACCAUCCUUGACGACCUAAUCCCUCCUCUUCGCUCUGUCAUCUUGACCACAUUCUCCCUGUUGACUCGCCUCACUGCAAAUAGCGCUUCUUCAGGCCACACGCCACCCACGCUUUCUACCCUAUUCGGGCCACUAUUCUUUGGGCUAGGUCCCCAAUUGCGAUUGCAAACAUUUCAAGGCUCGUACACACAAUACCUCGAAGCCGCCAAUGCCACGGAACACCUCAUUCUCGCUUUUAUCCGUUGGCAAGACUUUCCUUCAGGUCGUCCCGGUACUGCAACUUCCACUGUUGACUUCGGCGGGGAUUUGCAGGCUCGCGACCUUGCUAAUAACGCUUCGUUUGGUACACUUGGCGUUCCAACUCGCCUGAAAGAAUGGAUCAAAGGAUACCCCUCAAUGCUGAACAACAUCAGCUUUUCAAGUACUAGGAAUGGACACCCUCAAGCUCGACGGGGAGCUCGCACUGUACGCGUUGUCAGCGUUCGUCGGAACGUCAGAGUGUACAGCGCCGAUUUGGUUAAGAGUGGAGCCUCAUGGGGAUACGUCCCUCCUUCCGCGCGUCUGAACCCCAACUCCUUCAACGCCCUAGCAUCUUCCAAAGAAUGGCAGAGAAUAACGCCGCCGGGCAUGAAGCUACCUCCUCGCUAUUCGGAAUCCUACAAGAAACGGAUGAACAUGCACUCCAGUGUCGUUCCCGAAUUUGGACCUGGCCCUUCUUCCUCAGCAACAAGCUCGCCGACCUCGAUCUCAACUACGCCUUCAUUUGCAUCCACGAUGUCUUCGGCGACGUCAAUGGAUAGUAUGAACAUAUCACUUGGAUCUAGGGAGGGUGAAGAUCGAUUUCGAUCUCUAACGGACCUCAAAUGGGGCGAGUUCGAGUCCAUGGGCUUCGGGGGACUCGGCGCAGACGGGGAGGCUGAGAGGAAGCUUCAGUUCGAUUUAACCGAAAGCGCUCGCAUGUCCCGAUCGGAAAAACGAGCUACACUAUCAUGGACAGACUUUUCAUCUGCUGGAUUCUCUCGCGCGGACGAUCCCCUUUCCACCACACUGCAGUUCAGUACGCCGAUUGUUAGCUCAAUGUCCUCUUGGUCUGUCCGUGAAGCCGAGCUGACGAAGAAACUACGGAAAGCCCAGCAACAAAGCAACAAGAAUAUGCCUGCCUUUGACUGGGAUACGGAACCUAUCCUAGGUGGAGAGGAAGUUGUGGAAGAAGGGUUCGUCGACGUGUUCUGUGAUCUUGUGUGCGGAAGUGGUUGGUUAGAGGUUGAGCUGGAGAGAGCCGCUAGUGAUCUUCUUGAUCGAGAAUGCAACUGGGCAUUAGUCGAGUUCAGGUCGUUGCCCCAUUCGCGCUCUCCGGCCACAGAUUCAUCCCCGUUAUCUACAUCACUCUCAAGCUCCACCCAGUCAUCUUCUUUGGAUCCUCGUUCAGCCGCCACCCUGAUUCUCUUUGAAGAAUUCAUUCCGCUUGAAUACCGGCAGAAACUUCGGGCAGCCCUAGGGUCGUCUAGUCGACGGCGCCUGCCUUCUCUAUUCUCAUCAGCGUCACAGGCUACUAUCUCGUCGCCAUCGAAGAACAAACAGUGGAAAACGACACCAUCGGUGGCAAAUGGACGUGGAUACGCUGCACCCCUAACCCCUUCACGCCAUGACGCUGAGUUCGACAGCAUGCUUCGCGGAGGCUCAGUGACGAAGGUUAUCUCUCUGAGUGGCGGUGGGGCUAGGACAAUAACAACGAGCCCUCUGCCUGUGUCCUCAACUGACCGUUCCUCGACGCCCAGACCGCAGGGAAUCCCGCAACUUUAUACCAGGGAUGAGGCCCGUGACGGUGAAUCGCCUCCCCCUCCACCGCCUUCCUCUGCUAAGAAAUCACGAUUUAAGUUCUCCACUGGUCUUCCCGUUAGUCCACACCCGGCGAAGAAGGGGACCUACCCGCCUGCGGAGUAUUCGAGCGUUGAAUUUGAGACAAGAUUAGCGAGUUAUAGUGACGAAGAACGGAAUAGUGGAGGCGACGGUGUGACGGACGAGGCUGAGAAGCAGAAGAGACGACAAUCACGAGACGAUGCAUGGGUGGAUAUACUGGUAGCCACUCACAAUCGGCGAAUGGGUGGGCAAGAAGCUGAGAUGCGGGCUCCAGGGGAGCGACGACGGCGAGUGGGCCCAGAUCCGGAGCUGGCGAGCUUGGAGGUAGCCCAGGUGCUAGCAAGCGUUCAGCAAGAGCGCUCCAUGUCCCCGCUAUCCGAUGACGAGUUAGAGCGUCGAUUUGGAGCGAAAGAGGAAGAAGCAUCUGUGUCCCAGCCCAUUUCAGUGUUCGAGUCUUUGCAGGAUGCAGAUGUGGACGAGAUCCAAACUGUGCCACGCACCCGGGGCACGCUCGUCGAGAGCAUCGAUGAUCGGGAUACUUUAGAAUACGCAUCUUCCCUGGGCGCAGAGCCCGUUAUGGAGCCCGUCAUGGACCCGACGCCCGAGGAAGUCGUUCUACCACCACGGAAAGGAUUAGGCUAUUUUGACCUGCAUCCUGAGCGAAGACCAGCAUUGAACAGUCCUGAAGACGACGAAGAUCCUAGACAUCGUCUAGCUUACAUGGAUAGUGACGACGAAGGUGGAAACGACAAUGAACCUGUCACACCCCCUCAAGCAGCUGAAGUCUUGCUACAACCCGUCGCCCCGCUACGACCAUUACCCAAAGUUCCCCCCGUCCGGGCUGUUUCGCCUGUUGCCAGUCCCGCCGUCUCUCCAUUGGUUCUUAAACCUAAGCCAGCCCAAUCCGAAAUCCCCACGAGUAUCAAGGUAGAGCAAGCAAACCUUGCACAACGCGAUCCCUCCCCGUCCAAGGUGGAACUACCCCGCAUACCAGCGGCAAUUCCGAUUACCAAUGGCCAGCAUCAUGGAAAUGGCAUCAGCAACGGACAUGCAACUGAGGUCGUCGCCGAUAAAGCUCCACUUGGAACCAAGACGGCCGCCUUGAUUGAAAUGUAUCGCGAACGUGAACGAAGUGUUUCGCCCAAGCCUUCUACGCUGCCACCCCCCAUCACUGCGCCAGUUAUCCAACCUCCAUCGCGACUUCCGGUCCCUGUGAGGGCUCCUGUUCUAGCUAAGGACACCGUCCCUGCUGCCAUCCCCAUCCCCACCAUCUUGGCGCCUCAGCAAAUAGCCAUCCCUGCGCAUGUUCCAGUAGAUCUCUCCCCCGUGGAGCCGCCUCGCGUGGUCAUCGAAGAAACUGGCCGCGCUAGUCCAGCCCGCUAUGUACACGGAGCACCUCUACACAACGUCAUGGAAGAGGAGGAGGAGGAGGAUGCUUAA